UAUGCAUCGGAGGCAGAAAAGUUAUUCAAGCUCUAAAGUCCCAAACAGCUGAAAAUGCUCUAAAACACCAGCACGUGACCCUGUAGCAGACACUACAUCUGUCUAUGAGCAAUGGACAGAACUUAGAAUACCUUAUCAUGAACAGUAGUGUGCACUGCUGGCAACAUCAUGUUUUACAUGCCACCCUUACCCCCUCAGCUGAUCUAUGCUCAUAUGGGAGGGUUCCUCAUCUGUGGUUUCCUCAUGUCUGCCCGCAUGGCCAAGAAGGAGGCGUCACUGGUAUACGCAGGUCAGCUGAUCUUCUUCUCCUAUAACUUCUACCACAACAAGAAGCUCAACUACGGCCAGUGGCAGAGGCUUCAGAUGGCAGUGCGGCAAGGGGGCUGUGUGGGUGUGUAUGUCCUAACGGCCUUCAUCCACACCAAGAAAGAGAAUCGAUCAGAGCAACUUCGGCGGGUCGGUGAGAUCAUUAUGGGGAUCUAUCUGUUCGCGUACGCCUAUAUACUUAACAGCAGCAGCGAGUACAAGCGUGGCUUCCUGCAUCACUUCCUGGACAGCGAUUGGUUGAGAUACUUCAUCACCCUGGCAAUAGUUGCAUGUGCGUUGUGCUUCCUGUCCAGUUACUUUGUCCGUGAUAUGAGCGUCUGUGCAGCGCUCAUGUUGAUCACCGUUACCAUAGUGAUGGACCUUGACUUUGACUACUGGACACGUCGUGGUGUCCACUUCUGGAACCAGGCCCGGAUGUUGCUGGACAGUCUCACUGCUGUUACUGGAUUUGCUUUAUUUUCUCGGGUUUUUGAAAAUAGAAUUAAGACUGAGCAUUAUGAAUGAUGUAACAUGUUAUUAAAGUAUUUCACACAAGUGCAAUUUCCCAGUACUGCUGUUAAUGUUUUGGUGAAUGUAUGGUUGUUUUUGCAUGUAACUUCUGCUCAAAUCUUGACCACUGUAUAAAUGUAUGUAUCUGUUGUGAGUGAUGUGUUCAUGUGCCAUGAUGACCUUGACCUGCUUGUUUGUCACACAGACAUAAUAGGAAAAUCAUUAUUCACUAUAUUCAGAUUUAUAUAUAUAUCUAUGGAACAAAAUUCCAAACCAAUUGAAUGUAUCAGUCCAGAAAGCUAUUCGGCCACUGUACUUGUUGACUGACAUAAUGGACAGUUUAACCAUCAUAUUCUCAAGAACCAGAAGGUGUAGAAAGCUGCAACAGUCUGUUAAUGAUAAUGACCAUAACUGGAUUGGAAGUUUGUUCAAGACAUCAUCAACGACAUUAAGUUUUGGCGCCGUUGUCAAUGUGGCAGUGUUACUAUUUCUUCUUUUAUCUCAGUAUCUAUUGCCCCUAAAUUCAACCUGCUAUGAAAAGGCUUUGGUCAAUGUCACCAUUCAGGUUAUCAUUGAACAACGAUACGUAGAGAUUUAUCACCCUAUGGUUUUCUAUAUCAUGCCGGUAUCAUCCAAAGAGGCCAUCAGCCCAUAUCAGACCGAGGCCAUGAUAUGGCCCUGGCCUCAGUCUGAUAUGACGUAACAGCCUCGGUCUGAUAUGGCCUAACAGGCCCAGUCUGAUAUGGCCCUUUCCUCGGUCUGAUAUGGCCUAACGGCCCCAGUCUGAUAUGGCCCUGGCCUCGGUCUGAUAUGGCCUAACAGCCCCAGUCUGACAUGGCCUAACAGCCUCGGUCUGUUAUGGCCUAAUGGCCCCAGUCUGAUAUGGCCUAACAGCCCUAGUCUGAUAUGGCCCUGGCCUCGGUCUGAUAUGGCCUACUGUCCUCAUUCUGAUAUGGCCUAACAGCCCCAGUCUGGUAUGGCCCUGGCCUCGGUCUGAUAUGGCCUAACAGCCCCAGUCUGAUAUGGCGUAACAGCCCCAGUCUGAUAUGGUGUAACAGCCCCAGUCUGAUAUGGCCUAACAGCCUCGGUCUAAUAUGGCCUAAUGGCCUCGGUCUGAUAUGGCCUAACAGCCUCAGUCUGAUAUUGCCCUGGCCUCGGUCUGAUAUGGCCUACUGUCCUCAGUCUGAUAUGGCCUAAUGGCCUCGGUCUGAUAUGGCCUAAUGUCCUCGGUCUGAUAUGGACUAACAGCCUCAGUCUAAUAUGGCCCUGGCUAUGGUCUGAUAUGGCCCUGAUAUGGUCAGGCCAUAUCAGACCGAGGCUGUUACACAGGUUUCUGAUAUUGGUCGAGGGUUGAUGCCAGCGUGAUAUGUAAAUGAAUAAUGAUAUAAAGUGUUUAUCACUUAAUACUGACUGAGCCUUUGACAUUUUCAUGUUUAUCUUCUUUAUGUCAAUGUAUUUCAGUUGGCCACUAUAUCAAUGAGUAUCACUUGUAGUCCCUUCUGAAGUAUUUUCAAUUUCAAGAAGCCAGUUUGUCAGUUUUUUUGCAUUCUCGUCGCAUUCAGGCUUCCUGUUAGUAUUUAUAUUUUUCAUACUCUUAGUGAAUUUGCUUGUUUGAAAUUUUGAAUGAAUGUUUUUAAUUUUUUCAUUUAAUUGGUCUUGUUCAGACACUGUUACCUUCAUGGGUAUUGAAACUCGAUCUUUAUAUCGAAACAAGUCCUUCAAUAUUCGGCCUGAGUUCAGAAUCCUGGAGCACUGAUGUUGGAGACAUACCAAACAAUCUGUCAACUUCUGACAGCACAGGCCACAGUUUUUUUCAAAAUGGUGUCACAGACCAAUUUUAGUGAUAUUGUUGAACAGUGUUAAUGUAAAAUAUAACAGUUUAUUAUAGAAGUACUGUAAUUUUACAGUCAGUCGAAGGGUCACUGAUUGGACAGCGAAUUUAAUAUCAUGCAAUCAUCUGCACCUGAGGGGAAUACGGCUAAAACUGCAGUAUGAUACAGUAGUUGUGUUGGUAUAUAUGUAUUGUAGGUUAAAUCCAGAUCCUAUCUAGAUUAUACAAAAGCAAGUUUAACCAUCAGCAUCAGGAAAAUAGUUUUUUUAGAGGAGAGAAAUGUAGGGCCUAUUGUAUAAUAAGAUUUCAUAGACAACAUGUGGCAGUGCCAUAUUUCUUUAUAUUAGAAUCAUGAGUUAAUAAAGAAAGGGGGGGGGGGAGGACAAUAAUUUGUCAUUCAAUAUGUAAUAAUCCCACACCGUUCUCCGAUUUUGAACCAAUUUGGCAUUUAUUUCAUCACUCUCUUACUUUCUCACAUGUAAUCAAGCAAAAUGUCACUACAAUACACAUACAUAUAUAUUUUUAUCAUUAUCGAAUUUUAUGCUUCACAGAUUCCAGUCUGUGACCUAGCAGUGAGAUGUGCACUAUGGUAACCAUGGUAACACUCAGACUUGAUGAGCUCAUGACAUGAAACCCUGAAUGUUAUGCAGUUCUAUAAAUGAACUUCUUCCGUGGGUCA